UGCUUCCCUCUCUUUCUUUCUCUCUCUGCGCUCAGGCCCUCUCUUUGUCUCUCGUCUCCCUCUACAUAUCACUUACGAGUUUUACACACGCUCACUCCCUCACAUCUUUCUCUUCAAUUACGCGCCAAAACCUCACAAUUUAACGGAUCUUUUAUUUCGUACUUUUAAAAACCCCCUUUGGACUUCCUUAGGGUUCUCUCUUCUGCUCUCUUCUCUUCCCUUCUCUCCUCUUAUCGUCUGUGUUUCUCUCCUGUAAACGGCGUCGUUCAAUGGUCUCCCCUCCCUGACCUCCCACUCCCUAUGGAUCCAACGGCGAGCUCUGAGGUGGAGGCGAGAUCCAAGCGCCCGGCGGAGGACGAUGGAGAGACGGCCAGGAAGCGGCCCAGGGGCGGGGAUGUCAAGAGAGUGGCGGAGAUUGUGCUGGUGCUCUCCGCUAUGGCGGCCGUCCGCGGCGGCCGGAGUCCUACGGCAGAGGAGAGGGCUAUGAUGGAGGAGGCCAGGGCGAAGGUGGUGGCCAUGUGCGAGGGGUUGGCGCCCAAGGACAUUGUGCCCAGGGAGGUGAUCGGAGGGAUGAUUGAGGAUCUUGGGAUUAGUGGUAGGGAACAGAAGCUAGGGUUUCGGCCUCCCAAGAUGUCGAUUGCGGAGAAGUUGUUGCUUACCAAGCGGAAGAUGGAAGAAUCCAAGGAAUUUGUGGCCCAUUCUGCUACAUAUUCAUCUCAACGGUUGCAAUCAACCUUUGGUUCUCCAACUGAAAGCCGUGGGCCCCAACAUACUGCGCGUAUGUUUCCAUCAGAUAAACCCGGUCAUCCUCCAAUUUCUUCUGGAGGUUUUCAACCUGCUUCACCUUUAGGGAAUGUUUCCGCAGCAACUACUACUCCUUUACCAUAUCAGUUGCCCCCCAAUGAAGUAAGGUCAUCUAUAGCUUCAAGUGGAUUAGCAACCAGCAAUUUGGGAAGGGAUUCUUCUUCUUCUUUAUCAUUGCCCAGAGUUGAAAGAACACAUUUCAGAUUGGAUGGAAGGCCAAAUGGGUCUCCUUAUCCAUCUCAAGUACAAGCAGCAAACUCUUCUGUUGAUCACUUUCCGGCAAAAACUCCAACCUGGUCCUUACAACCACAAUCUGUUUCAUCAGUGAAAACUGGGCCAGAGAACAAGGUGCAGGAUCAUAUUGCUGCUAGGGUUGAGGGGGCUGCUGAUAUUAGUUCGUCAAGAAUGGCUCCUCAAUCAACAAGAGAUCAGAACUCUAGAUCAUUUGUUACUCAUACUACACCUGGACAUUUGCAAAGCACACAGCAGCUGUUACUGGGCAACAACUUUCAACCGUCUUCCCUUUCCAGUAAUCACAAUGAAAUUGGUAAAAUUGUUCAGAAGUUAUUACAUCCACAGCUUCCUCAGCAUCCCACAUGGAAUCCUCCUUCAAGGGAUUACAUGAAUAAGGCUGUGACUUGCCAGAUAUGCAAGCUCACCAUUAAUGAGGUGGAAAACGUACUUCUUUGUGAUGCAUGUGAAAGAGGAUUUCAUUUAAAAUGCCUUCAGUCAUACAAUCACAAAGGAAUUCCUAGAGGCGAGUGGCAUUGCCCAAAGUGCUUGUCGCUGAGUAGUGGGAAGCCUUUGCCCCCUAAAUAUGGUCGUGUUAUGAGAAAUAUGAACACACCAAAAGGGCCUAUUAGUGCAGCUGGAGUGCAGCCAUCUUCAGAGAAGAAAGUUGGGAUUCUGGAUCAACAGAAGAUAACAGAAAAUGGAAAUUCUGAUUUACAGGGUCAUAAUGGUUCCCUGGUAAACAACCAUAUUGAGUUGGCAUCUGAUUCAAAGACAUUGAAUGCAAGUCAAGUGCAAGUGAAUAAUUCCUCAUCAAGUAUCAAAAAUGUGGAUGACAAGCCUUCUUCUGGAACUUACCCUAAUAACUCAAUCAAGUCCUUGGGGGCAGCUUGUGGUUCUCUAUCUAUUGCCUCAUCAAAUGAGACAUCUACUCAACACAGUAAAAUUUCUGAAUCAUCCUCACGUGAAGAGAGACUGGUUCCUAAACCAGAUCCACAGCCCCCCAAAUUAUCUGAUGCGAUUAGUGAUAUGUCCCAUCAUUUACAAGUCUCACAUAACCCACAAGAUGUUGACAGUACUAGGCUGACAAACUGUGCUGAAAUUCCAUCAAAGAAUUAUCAUGACAACAACACUAUGGUUAAAGACUCAGAAAAAACUUAUACAAGAGGAACUUCUGAUUGUAACCUAACAUAUGAUAUUAAGCGAGAUGACCAAGAUGUUGCACAGGCAAGUUCUGUUGGAACUUCUGGGACUAGUGCAGGGGCUAAAGAGCCUACUGGAUUUUCUCCAGAUGGAUUGCAUGAUGUUCAAUGGAUUGGCGACGUACUUAGAGUUGUAGAGGAGAAGACAUUUUACCAGUCUUGUUGCAUCAAUGGAGUAUCAUAUAAAGUGCUGGAUCAUGCUCUCUUUCAUUCCAGCAAUGACAAAUUGAUACCAUUUAAGCUUCAGGGCAUGUGGGAGGAUAGCAAGACUAGGUCAAAAUGGGUGAUGGCCAAUCAAUGCUACUUUCCUAGUGACUUGCCAGAGGUUGUUGGUCGCCCGAGUGCUCCGGAAAGCAAUGAGGUCUAUGAAUCUAAUCACGAUAGUGCCAUAACGGCUGGCUUGAUUCAAGGUCCAUGUGAAGUUCUUCCUCCAGACAAGUUUAAGGAAGAAAGUGAAAGAAGAACACUUUUAGGGACUGAGGCAAAUGAUGGAUUAUGGCCGAUCUUCCUAUGCAAAUGGUUCUAUGAUAAAUUCAAUGGGCUUUUCCAACCUUUUUUCAGUUGACCCAGUAGUGGAUAUUUUUUACUUGACAUUAUAUUGUCGUUAGGGUUUUGUUGCUGUAGCUCCAUGGUGCUCUUUUUGAUCAGGUGGGUAUACAUGUUGAACCUGUUCCAUUUCCUUUCCAAGCACUGUUCUUAUGUUAAUGAUAGCUGCUCAUUCAGAAUAGGGGGCUCAUAGAGUUUAGUAGUAUAAGCAGGUCGAAGUCAUUGUCUACAUGUAUGUGUGCAUUUACCCAUCUAGCUUCAAGCCUUACACACUGUGGAAAAAGCUUUGUACUUCAAAAUCUCCUUAUAAUGAUAGACAUUGAUGGGAA